AUGGCUGGUGAUUCACAACAGAGCAGUGGAAAGUCUUCCCGAUCCUUUCGCAAAGGCUACCAUAGGAGAGCCCCUCGCGCCUGUGACGAAUGCCGGCUGAGGAAGAUCAAAUGCGACGGAGCCCUUCCUUGUGGCCCCUGUAGUGUUUCUGAGGAUGUCUGUUCCUACGACCCGGGGACCCGACCUCGAGAGACACCAACUCAACGGAUUCGAAAGCUGGAAGCAUGUCUACGGGCGGCACGAAUGUCGCUUGUGCGGCUCAAGGCUCAGAAUCAGACUGUCGCCCAUUCCGAUAUUGAAUCGAUUCUCAAUACCUUGGAUAACUCGUACCCCGAGCCCUCAGAUGGCGGGGACUCCAGCGGCGACGACGACAGUGCCAGGUCAACUCGCUUAGGCAGCAUGAUGGGCAGAGCGGGCCGGUUCGUUCCUCUCUCACCCACCCAAACCACAUUCUAUGGCUCUUAUUCCGGAUACUCUUUCGUCUUCAAGACUCUAGAACUAUUCCGAAGAAUGCCUGACAGUGCUGCCUUGACGACCGAAACUCAGACCAUUACUACAGCCUUGUUCAACGCACCAGUACCGGAUGCUGAAGCAGGUACGCAGUAUUCUUCGCAGUUCCAGAGCCUCCCAAGUCUAUCUAUCACGCUUGGUCUACUUGAUGUCGUUUUCACCAGAUGUAAUCCGUUGAUCCAGUUCGUGCACGAGGCCGACUUCCGGGACAUGGUCCAUCGUCUAUAUAGCGAGUCUGCGCUUCAAUUUGGUGCAUCCAGUCAUAAUUUCAUGCCGCUGUUUCACGGCAUCCUUGCAAUCGCUCUAUUGUUUGAUGUCCGAUCUCGCAAAAAACAUGGCUGCGAAGAUAUUGUGAACGAAGCAGAGCUUGACGUUGCCCAGUGUGCCGAUCUCAUAUCAAUCCAGACAAUUCUAUGUCUCAUCUACUUUCUGGUGACAACAUCUCGUCUGACUUCUGCAUACACAUACCUUGGCAUUGCUUGUACUUCGGCCUUGAGGCUUGGCUUGCAUAAAGAUAUUGGGGCAGAUAUCUCGAUAUCUGAAGUUCAACAAGAUGCCAGACUCAGAAUUAUGCUCGCCGUCCUGCAAUUCGACACCCUGGUCAGUAUCGUGCUAGACUUACCGACUCGCAUCAAUCCUGAUUGCAUCGACCCGGGUGUCGCGGCCUCGUUGAAGGCCGACUGUGCCAAACGGCCGACCAGUGCUCGUGAUGGUGACUCUGACACACAAGCAAAGCUCCUGGCUUCGGCGAAGCACUUGGAAUUGUUGGGCCUGACAGCCGCGGGGCUUCGAAGCAUAUUCAGUCGUGGCACUCACAAGGGCAAGCGCACAACAGACCUGGUCUUUGACAACGUUGAUGCCGUCAACAUGAGAGGCGCAGAGGACGCAUUCCGGAAAUGGACCAGAGCGCUGUCUUACUUGCCUCAUACCCCUGAAAAGCGCGAAGUGUCGGAAAUCAUGAAAUUCGAGCUGGAAAUGGCAUUCUAUUUUGGCCAGUUCGUCCUCUACCAACCGUUUCUGCAUUACCUCAUACAGAUGGCCGAGAGUGCGCCCAUCACGAGGACCCAAUCGCAGCACGCACUAUCAUGCAUCAAGAUUGCAGCCAUCACUAUUACUCGAGCUGAGGUGAUGCAUCAACGCGGUCUGCUGGCUCCGGCUUCUUGGAGUGUCAUCUACACGCUUUUCCAAGCAGUCAUGUGCCUCCUCUUCCUGAUAGCGACGCAUAAUGGCACAUCUCGACCUAGUGAGGCAUGGAAGAAGGGAGAGCUGGGCAUCAAGCUCCUAGCAACGAUGCGUUGUUACGAUAACGGUGCCGUUCGGUGUUUAUGGAUCAUCAAGAUGGUGAUUAAACAGCUCUCUCACACCGUGCAAUUUGAUGUUGACCGCAUCGUUGCGAGCACCGAAUGCUUAUGCCCCUGCUCGAGAUCCAGUUUGAUACCAACAGAGUCAUUGGACCGCCUCCCAUUACGGGAUAGUUCAGAAAUUAUUGCCGGAGCAAGUGGAUAUGCGACACCGGAAACACCACAUGAUGCACGUUCUUAUCCGUCGGUUUGGAAUCGACCAGGCAUGGAUCGUCUCCUGGCCAUUAACCAGGACUCACCACGGCAUGAUGCAGACUUCAUUCUUGCAGAGGCGCAGGCUAUCUCCUUGACAUUGCCUAUCGACAACCUCGAGUUAUACACAUCCGGAGAGGUCUGA